AUGGUUGUAGCUGUGUGUAUGCUCAAUGAAUCAAGGCAACACCACCGUCGUCGCUCCUCGAACGUGGACAGAUAUAGGCAGUCUCAAGCUUCAUUCGACAAUUGGGUUUGGCACGCCUUCUUCGAAGUUGCCGGAUCACAUAAUGACCUCAAUGUGCUUGGUCAAUCCCCGGUAUUCAACGAUGUCUUGAGAGGUCAUUCCACCCAAAUCACAUAUCAAAUCAACAAUACCGUAUACUUAAGUGCAUACUACCUCGCCGAUGGAAUUUAUCCAAGGGGUGUUGCUCGGAUGCUUGAUGAGGAGGUGUUGCGGAGCAUUAUGAUGACUUGCAUCAUCCUCCAUAACAUGAUUGUGGAGGAUGAGUAUGAUUAUGAUGCUCCAGAGGUGUUUGAAAAGACGACAGUUUUAUAA